GGCACCGGCUGCCGAGCGGACCCGGACGACCUCCGCCUUCGUCAUUUCCUGCCGGCCCGUCGGUUUCCGGAUGAAACGAGGAGCCAGGUCAAAGGCGUGUGAAAGAUUGCAGCGACUCCAGGCUACAGGAGCAAUGCUGACUUUUCAAGAUAGAAGAAGCCUGAUAAUGAAAUGGUCCAGAGGACUCUAUUGAAAUGACCUGACCGAAGCAAGAAGAGAGAGACUGGAUUUUGAAUCUCAACGCUGAGUGUGAGGAUUCUGAUUCUUUGUACCUGUUGAAUUCCAGGCCAGUGAUUCACCAGGACACAGGGCACUGAAAGUUACGAAUUUAGUGGCAGAAACCUAGUGACAAAUAAAGUGACACUGAGCCCUGCUCUGUAGCAUGCUGCCUUUCUUUUCUGCACACUUCCUAGAAGUAAAACCCUCAUGAUAACUUGCCACGGCCCGGGCAUCACAGGUGUCCUGCGCACUUUUGUUUGCUUGCCCUCCUGUGGAAUCUUGAUCCACUUUUUCAGCUUGUAUUGAGCAAUAGAGCAUACUGUCGCAGUCAGGAAGCCUCAGCAAACCAAAUAAUUUUUUUUUUUUGGUGGAAAAGAAAAAUGUAAAGCUGUGUUACGGAUUUUGAUGAGCGAUCUGGAAUAAAGUCCGUUUGAAGCCAUCUGGACUUAGACAAGGGCCUGCAAAGCAAAUCCAGCAAGACGAAGAAAGCCGUGAUCCCCUGAGAACCCGGUUAUGUGUCCCUCUUGUCAGGAGCUGACCUUAGUGUUGUGGGGGCAUCGGGCGUCCACAGUCACUGAAUCUGAACGAUGCCGCAGACAGGGGACUGUGUACCUCGCCACUCGGCUGCUGUGUGCAGGAAGUCAGAGGAGGAAGUGCCCCUGAGUGAAGCCUGGUCAGCAGCCAGGGAGGACACGCACGUGCAGGUGCCUUACCCGGCUGGCUUGCAUCAUUUGCCAUCGAAUGAGAGAGACGACCCCAGUGUCCGCCUGUGCUCGCCGGAGAGCAGCAGCCCAGGCUUACUCACUUGGGAAGUCUCGAGAGCCUGUGAGGGCAGCCAUUGCAGAUGUCCACAGGGCCGUCCGGGCCUGCCAGCGGACCGUGCGGCCAGAUGACUCCGCAGGAAGUCCGUGGAGGGUGGUGGAGACCGAGGAAAAGGCCAUCACAGGGAGGACCUGCGAGUGGAUGAGACUGUAGCACCUUUCUUUACGCGCUCCCUACGUGACCCUUGGGAACUGGCCCGCUUCUGUCUGUGUGUGGUGUUAUUUGCAGUACUGCCCUGGCUGCUGACCCGCUCUGUGGAGAGAGAGAUGGUAGACAGAGGUGGAGGAGGUGCCGGGGCCCCAGACUUCGACUUCCGCUGAGUCCCUGCUUGGGGACGUGACGGCUGGGGACACGCUGGUGCCUGUUCACGUUCACUGCCUUGCUAGCACUUGUUCCCCUUGGCCGUUCCCAGCCUCCACAUGGCUUUUGUCUUGAAUGUUUGUUGGUUUUUUGUUUUUUGUGUUUUUUUUGGCACUGGAAACUAAUUACCCUAUUUUUUUCCGUUGAAAAAUAGAAUUAUAGGCCGGCGCUGUGGCUCACUUGGCUAAUCCUUCUCCUGUGGUGCCGGCACCCUGGGUUCUAGUCCUGGUUGGGGUGCCAGAUUCUGUCCCGGUUGCUCCUCUUCCAGUCCAGCUCUCUGCUGUGGCCCAGGAAGGCAGUGGAGGAUGGCCCAAGUGCUUGGGCCCUGCACCUGCAUGGGAGACCAGGAAGAAGCAUCUGGCUCCUGGCUUCCGAUCGGCGCAUCGCGCCGGCCGCAACGCACCAGCUGUAGUGGCCACUUGGGGGGUGAACCAACAGAAAAAGGAAGACCUUUCCCUGUCUCUCUCUCUCUCUCACUGUCUAACUCUGCCUGUCAAAAAAAAAAAGAAAGAAAGAAAAAUAGAAUUAUGUCUUCACAAACAGACCUGUGGUACAGUUGCUGUUUGGUCCUGGGAAUGGGACAGUUUCCAUGCUUCUGGCCUUGCUCUUCUCUGCUGUUUCUAUGUUCUUGUUCAGUACUCGUUGCUGCUGCGUUUUCCUUUUGUUGUUGCUCUCUUUUUGGGGCUUUUUUAUUUUGUUGUCAGUUACCUGGGGUAGCAUGGGCAGACGAAAUGUAUGGGAGACUCGCAGCAUCUUUGAACUUCUGCGUUCGCAGUGUUGAUGUGCACGCUGCCUUCUCCCCUUUCCCUUCUCGGGAGGCAGUGAGAAGCAGGAUCGCCCACGUGCUGGGAAGCACAGAUGUGGGUGAGGCUUAAAGUCGCCGAGGUCCUCCAGGUGUGCCUGCACAUCUCCAACGCUUGUUGGUUAGCGUGAGGGAACGUGUGACGUAGGUAAAUUCACCGUCCAACUAGUUUUUUGUCUUACGUGUUCCAAGUCCGCUGACCUCACUGGUGACUUUUCUUCGUAAAUUGAGGCGUUUCCUCUUGUGAAUCGAGUUUUACUCAACAAGGAGAAACAAUAAGGAAAGGCACAGAUUUCCGUAGGCCAUUUGGAUGCUUUUGUGCUUCCCUCCCCACCAGGCCUGUUUUCCUCCACUUCCUGCUCCCUCACCUUCUGCCCACCCCAGACGUCUCCCUGUGGCCUGGGCCCACGUUUACGUCUUUUUCUCACCUGCCCAGAAGUUCUUGUUUGCUGUCUUUGUACUUUGCCAACUCCUUACCUUUUCCGUGAUUCACCCUCUUCUCUUUUUUAAGAUUGAUGUAUUAGAAAGAGAGGGGGCUGGGGAUUGACCUUCCAUCCAUUGGUUCACUUCCCAUAUGGCUGCAGCUGCCGCGGCUGGACCAGGAACCAGGUUUCCCACAUGAGUAGCAGGGGCCCAGGCACUUGAGCCAUCCUCUGCUGCUUUCCCAGGCGUAUGAGCAGGGAGCUGGAUUGGAAGCGGAGCAGCCGGGGCUUGAACGGGUGUUGAGAAGGGAGGGAUGCCAGCAAGGCAACAGCUUGACCAGCUGUACCACAACACCACCCCCAGCCUCCUGUGUUAAGUUCCUUGGUCCCCACCUGCUGUGGGCUUGGGUGUGCCUCUGCCUGCUCAGUCCUUUGUUGUCCUUGUCGCUUCUGCUCAGCGCCUGGCCUCUCUGACCCGUCCUGUCCAUCGUCAUGGACAGCAGCAGCUGUCCACUGUCUUGCACCACCUGGCCUCCUCCUGUCUGUGUAGCUCUGACCUGUGGUUCCGUCCAGCCCCGUCCAGGUUCAUGUUGGGUUCUUCCCACACUCUAGCCACUGUGCAGAGCUCCUUGAGCUCUGGCUGGUCUCCUUGUCCCCGGGUGAUUAGGCGUUACCAGAUGGAUCUGCUGGAGAGCACAGAGCCUUGCAGUGUAUUUCCUGGGUAGCCAGGAUGAAUCAGUUAUUAUUAGCUCUUCUUGGAACAUUGAACUUCCUGUGUUUUCUGCUUCUAAGAAUUAGACUGGUAUUCUAGAAGGCCAGCAUCACUUUACAUAGAAUCCAGAAAACCCCAUGGUGCUGUCAUUCUUUUUUUUAUUUGAAAGGCAGAGGCAGAGAGAGAGGGAGAGAGAGAGAGGGAGAGAGAGAGAGAGGGAGAGAGAGAGAGGUCUUCCAUGCACUGGCUCACUCCCCAAAUGGCCACAAUGGCUGGAGCUGCGCCAAUCCGAAGCCAGGAGCCAGGAGAUUCUUCCGGGUCUCCCACACAGGUGCAGGGACCCAAGGAUUUGGACCAUCUUCUGCUUUCCCAGACCACAACAGAGAGCUAGAUUGAAGUAGAGCAGCUGGGACUUAAACCCGCGCCCAUAAGGGAUGCCGGCACCGCAGGCGGCGACUUUACCCGCUACACCACAGCGCUGCUCCCAGUGCUGUCAUUCCGACUCUGCUCUGAAGAGCUGUGACGUUCACACUCCUGUGCCUUGGAAGAUUAAGAAACAUCCAAAGCAGGCUUGGGUGGAGGUGGGGGAAGGGCAGGAAGAAAAAGGUGAGACCAGGAAAGAACCGAAACCGUACACUUUACUAUUCCUCAGAUAAACAGCCUCCCUUAAAGAAUAAAAAGUGUAAGUCGUUCUGUGAACCUAGCUCAACAUUGCAUCAUUUGUGUUUUUACAUUUCCCUCUAAGCUCAGAGACCUUUAAUGUUGAACAAAGCAGAGACUGGAUCUUGUAAAUAUUCAUUUUUUUUGAGAGACUUGAUGUCUCCUUAAAUAUUAACCUGUAUCAUUUUGUAAUUAUACUGCACCAUUCUCAAAAUUCUUGUGUGGGAAAGCACAUCGGCUGUGUGGUCUCACCCUCUGGACUCUGUAAUUGGAAUGGAAAGGCGGCUUUUGGCAAGACUUUAUCUUGUGCUGCUGGUUUACAUUUUCUCUUAUGUUUUUCUUUUAUUCUUUUAUGUGCGUAAAAGUGAAGCUAUCCUGUAAUUUAGUUUUAUUAAUGUUCCUAAUGUGUAUGAACUGCUGGAGGUAGGUAGACUGAUGUGAGUGCAGUACUGAAACUUAAAAGAGAAAAACCCACACAUCACAUAUUGUGGUAUUAAGACAGUCAGAAUAGAGACUGGCAUUGUGUUGUAGCUGCUUAAGCCACAGCCUGCAACACUGGCUUCCCAUGUGGUUGCUGAUUUGUGUGCUCGCUGUGCCACUUCCAGUCCAGCUCCCUUCUGAGGGCCUGGGAAAAGCAGCAAAAGAUGGCCCAGGUGCUUUUUGGGCCCCUGCCACCCAUGUUGGAGACCUGGAAGAAGCUGCUGGCUUACGGUAGGCUUAGCCCUGGUCGUUGUGGCCAUCUGGGGAGUAAACCAGUGGAUGAAAGAUCUCUGUAUCUCCCUUUCUCUGUUACUCUUUUUUUUUUUUUUUCAAAUAACCCUUCAAAACAAAACAAAAAAAGCUGUGUUCUUACAAACCAUUACCAUUUACAAAAAGAAAAGGGAUAGUAAGAGUAGCCCUGCAAAUGCGCUUCCUGUCUGAUCUUCCCUUAGGUACAGUGCCACGUGGAAGCUGGGUAUCUCGGAGCUGUAGGAACAGUGGUCCGGUCACGUUGCUGUGAUAUUCACCCACCAGUAGCUAGUGAAAAAAAAAAAAAAUGGCCUCAAAGCCACAGCUUUAUGGCUACUUACGGGAAAUUUAGUAGAUGUGCUGUGCAGGCCUGACUUCUGGAACUAUUGAGAUCAACAAGGAGGAGACAUCCCAGCUCUCCCAGAUCGGGAGGGAAAAUAUGGAAUGCAUUUUCCCGCUGACUGAACACAACCCAAUGAGCUGGACUGACAGCCGCCUGAAAACCAGCAGUUAGCAGUUUGUUUGGGCUCCGACGUGGCCCAGCACGUUCCAGAGCACACGCGCUGUUUACGGGAACUCUCGGCCUUUGUCACCUGGAGCUUUGUUUAAAGUAACUCCUGCAAGAGAGAAAGUGUGGCAGCAUGGCCAUGGAGGAGUACCUGUGGAUGCUGAUCUUGGGUUUUAUCAUAGCUUUCAUCCUGGCGUUCUCCGUUGGGGCGAAUGACGUUGCCAAUUCGUUCGGCACAGCCGUGGGAUCCGGCGUGGUGACCUUGAGGCAGGCAUGCAUCUUGGCUUCGAUCUUCGAAACCACCGGCUCCAUGUUGUUGGGAGCCAAAGUGGGCGAGACCAUCCGCAAAGGCAUCAUUGAUGUGAACCUGUACAACGAGACCGUAGAGACGCUUAUGGCCGGAGAAGUCAGCGCCAUGGUUGGUUCGGCGGUGUGGCAGCUGAUUGCGUCAUUCCUGAGACUGCCCAUCUCUGGCACCCACUGCAUUGUGGGCGCCACCAUAGGAUUCUCGCUCGUCGCCAUCGGCACGAAAGGCGUGCAGUGGAUGGAGCUCGUCAAGAUUGUUGCUUCUUGGUUUAUAUCUCCACUCUUAUCUGGUUUCAUGUCUGGCGUGCUGUUCGUACUGAUCAGAAUUUUCAUCCUUAAAAAGGAGGACCCCGUUCCCAACGGCCUCCGGGCGCUUCCCGUGUUCUAUGCUGCGACCAUAGCAAUAAAUGUGUUUUCCAUCAUGUACACAGGAGCACCAGUGCUGGGCCUGGUCCUCCCACUGUGGGCAAUCGUCCUCAUCUCCUCCGGUGUCGCGCUGCUCUUCGCGCUCUUCGUGUGGCUCUUCGUGUGUCCCUGGAUGCGGAGGAAGAUCACAGACAAACUCCAGAAAGAAAGCGCUUUGUCGCGAGCAUCUGACGAAAGCCUCGGUCAAGUCCAGGAGGCCGAGUCCCCAGCGUUCAAGGAGCUCCCGGGCGCCAAGGCCAGCGACGACAGCACCGUCCCUCUGACCGGACCUGCCGGGGAGCCAGUCGCCACUGCUGAGGGCGCCCCAGCCGGGCACCACCCCCGGGCCGCCUACGGAAGGGCCCUUUCCAUGACUCACGGCUCUGCAAAGUCUCCCAUCUCCAACGGCACGUUCGGCUUUGACGGGCACGCGCGGAGCGACGGGCACGUGUACCACACGGUGCACAAGGACUCAGGGCUGUACAAGGACCUGCUGCACAAGAUCCACAUCGACAGGGGCCCGGAGGAGAGGCCCGCCCCGGAGAGCAGCUACCGCCUGCUGCGCCGCAACAACAGCUACACCUGCUACACGGCCGCCAUCUGCGGGCUGCCCGUGCACGCCACGUUCAAGGCCGCCGACGCGCCCGCAGCCCCCGAGGACAGCGAGAAGCUGGUGGGCGACGCCGUGUCCUACUCCAAGAAGCGACUGCGCUACGACAGCUACUCGAGCUACUGCAACGCCGUGGCGGAGGCCGAGAUCGAGGCCGAGGAGGGCGGCGUGGAGAUGAAGCUGGCGUCCGAGCUGGCCGACGCCGAGCCGCCGCGCGAGGACCCCGCCGAGGAGGAGAAGGAGGAGAAGGACACGGCCGAGGUCCACCUGCUCUUCCACUUCCUGCAGGUCCUCACCGCCUGCUUCGGAUCCUUCGCCCACGGCGGCAACGACGUGAGCAACGCCAUUGGGCCCCUUGUGGCUCUGUGGCUGAUUUACAAACAAGGCGGAGUGAUGCAGGAAGCCGCCACUCCCGUCUGGCUGCUGUUCUACGGAGGAGUUGGCAUCUGCAUGGGCCUCUGGGUCUGGGGGAGAAGAGUGAUCCAGACCAUGGGGAAGGACCUCACUCCUAUCACGCCGUCCAGCGGCUUCACCAUCGAGCUGGCCUCGGCCUUCACCGUGGUGAUCGCCUCCAACGUGGGACUUCCCGUCAGCACCACGCACUGCAAGGUGGGCUCUGUGGUGGCUGUGGGCUGGAUCCGCUCCCGGAAGGCUGUGGACUGGCGCCUCUUCCGGAACAUCUUCGUGGCCUGGUUCGUGACGGUCCCCGUGGCCGGGCUGUUCAGUGCUGCGAUCAUGGCUCUCCUCAUGUACGGGAUCCUCCCAUACGUGUGACCUGUCUCGGUUCCAACGGGACGGGGUGGUGUGGGGGUGUGUGGCUGCCGCGUGUCCUCAUGUCUCACACACACACACACACCCUGUCCGCCAGGCUGCAAAUGCCCUCCCAGAGCUAACUUCACUACUGCACAUAACACUACGCAUUCAGCUGGUAUCAUGGUGACAGGAUGUGGUGCGGUCCCUUAGAUAUUAAACUGCAUAUUGUACACAUAGAAUAGGUAGCAUUAUUACAAACAUACUCAACUUGGGAGUGGAGAUAAUUGCCUAGAACUCAGUCCCCGGUCAAUCCUGUACAUAAUGAUUUCAGUGGCAGAUGGCAAGACAGUUCUCAAAGGAAAGCGUGGACUGGAAGGUGCCCACUCGUCCAGACGACAUCUUCCCCUUUGACUACUGUAAGAGAAGUGAGCAGCAGGAUACGCACACGGCCGACUCGGGCGGGUGAGGCUGGCAAGGGGCCCACAAGUGCUUUUCACUGCAGACAGCUGUGUACCGGUUCUUGUACAGUAGACCCUCGUGGCUUUUGUAAAUACUGAAAACCUGUAAUUUUUGUAACGGUGUGUGUUUCCCUUCCACUUUUUCUGAUCCGAGAUUUUUGGAAAGUACCAAAGAAGCAGGGGUAUAGUUUGCCAGUAUUAUAUUUUCAUAUUGUGCGUCUCCCCUCGUCCUUAACCACUACCGCCCUCCUGGGAGGCGGCCACACCAGCCCAAUCCCCACCUGCCCAGGGCAUCGUGUGGCCGAGGCCCCAGUCACCCAUCGCCAGCAGGUCACACUUUGGAUCCCCCGCCCACCAGCAGCCCCACCCUCCCCCCCCAACACAGACCACUGCCACCACGUCCCAGAUCCCAGGCAGCCCUGCCGUGGCCGUCACCGUCAUCAGCAUAGCGCGUGCCAACGUGCCAACGUGUGUGUCCAGUGCAGUCUCCCGGCCCUCUCCCUGCGGCCUGCGGAGCAGAGUUCCCGCCUCCAGUGUGAGAGGCGUGCGGUUCUCCAGUGCUUUGCCACUCUAGAUCCCAGGGGCAGGAAGAGGGAACGUGAGCAAACGCGCUGGCCGUGGGGCUCUCUCCGAGGCCUUGACCAAGCUGAACGUGCCGAUGCUCUACUGUAGCCCCAGCAGAUUUCUCUUCUUUUUUUGUUGACAGCGGGAGGAAGUGUGACUAAUGUCAGAGCCUGAAACUAUGGAAAUGCUGCUAAAAUUUUUAUAUUGACAAACAUUUUCUCGGUACUUCAUUGUGAUUUUGCAUUAAUCAACCACAUUAAAUUUAUAAUUAAAAAAACGC